ACUUAUCAUACAGCGCUUGUAUUUAUUUUUAGGACUAUCAUCAAAUUUAUCAUGGAUAGAAUCCAGUCAUCCGUUUCAUUUCGUGAGUUAACAAAGUACGAACUGGUUAAAGCUCUCGAUAUACUCAAACAAGCAUACAGAGUGCUAUCCAAGCAAAUGGUCGUAAAAGGUCUCUUACCGUCUCCAGAUUUAGUAUACCAUCUCACCCAUUAUGAAAUAGGACAAAUAAUACGGAAUAGAAACCCCUUACUAAUAACCAAAGCGAUAAAACGACAGAGAUUAUAUCCCAAAUGGAACAAAAUCAGGUUCCCGGAGGUUACAUUUGGUGUGCCACUACCCGAAAGCGAGGCUGACCAACCUGGAGACCUCAUCGAUAAGGUGUGCGUUGGAACGGCAGCUUGCGCCGGUACGGUUAAAGCCAGAGCAUGCGUUAUUCGCAGCAUCAAGGAAAUUGACCAACUCCAAGCAGGUGAUAUCUUGAUAACAGUCAGCACGGAUAUUGGGUGGUCACCUUACUUUCCGAUAUUAUCAGGAAUUGUUACAGAACUGGGCGGUUUGAUAUCUCAUGGAGCAGUAGUGGCUAGGGAAUAUGGUUUACCCUGUAUAGUAGGUGUUAGAGAAGCAACCAAAGUUUUCAGGACAGGGGACGUUGUUGUUUUGUCUGGUAGCACUGGAAGGAUUGGUAAAGCGUCAAAUUUCUUAGAAGUGUUGUGAAUGUACAAAAAUAUAUCUUAAAAAAUC